GCUGCGCGCGGCUCGGGGCGGCGGCGCUGGGCCGAGCGGACGCACGGACAGCGGACGGAGGGACGCGCGGGCCUGCAGACCGGGACGCGGCUGGGCGGUUUCACCCCAGCACCUGACAUGAGCGGGUACGCGGAGUUCCCCUCCAGACCCGCGGACCCCCCCAGGGGCCCCGCAGAGCCCAAGCCCAGCCAGGCCCUGCUCCAGGACGAUGUGGACAUGAGCAGCGGCUCCAGCGGAAACGAGACCAGUGAGAACUGCUCCACCGGGCGGGACUCGCGGGGCAGCGACUGUGACGACAGCGGGAAGGAGCUGGGGAUGCUGGUGGAGCCGCCGGGUGCCCACCAGAGUCCAAGUGCCUUCAGCCUGAUGAUGGCCAAGGCUGAGCACAACCCGUCCACAAGUGGCUGCAGUAGUGACCAGUCUGCCAAAGCAGACGCGCACAAGGAACUGAUACAGACGCUGAAGGAGCUGAAGGUCCACCUCCCUGCAGACAAGAAGGCCACAGGGAAGGCCAGCACGCUGGCAACCCUGAAGUACGCCCUGAAGAGCGUGAAGCAAGUGAAAGCUAAUGAAGAAUAUUACCAGCUGCUGAUGUCCAGUGAGGGCCACCCCUGCGGGCCGGAUGUGCCCUCCUACUCUGUGGAGGAGAUGGAGAGUGUGACCUCCGAGUACAUCGGCAAGAACGUGGAUAUGUUUGCUGUGGCUGUGUCCCUGGUGACUGGGAAAAUCCUGUACGUCUCUGACCAAGUCACGUCCAUAUUUCACUGUAAGAGAGACACCUUCGGCGACGCCAAGUUCGUGGAGUUCCUGGCGCCUCACGAUGUCAGCGUGUUCCACAGCUUCACCACGCCUUGCAAGCUCCCCUCGUGGGGCAUGUGCGGGAGAGCAGAUUCUUUUGCUCAAGAAUGCAUGGAGGAAAAAUCUUUCUUUUGCCGUGUCAGCGUUGGGAAGAACCACGAGAAUGAGAUUCGCUACCACCCAUUCCGCAUGACCCCUUACCUGGCCAAGGUGUGGGACCAGCAGGGUGCGGAGAGCCAGCUCUGCUGCCUCCUGCUGGCAGAGAGAGUGCACUCUGGCUAUGAAGCCCCUAGAAUUCCUCCUGAAAAGAGAAUUUUUACAACCACCCACACGCCGAAUUGUCUGUUCCAGGACAUAGACGAAAGGGCCGUGCCCCUCCUGGGCUACCUACCUCAGGACCUGAUCGAGACCCCUGUGCUCCUGCAGCUUCACCCCAGUGACAGGCCCCUGAUGCUGGCUGUCCACAAAAAGAUCCUGCAGUCCGGCGGGCAGCCUUUUGACUAUUCCCCCAUCCGGUUCCGUGCCCGGAACGGGGAGUACAUCACGCUGGACACCAGCUGGUCCAGCUUCGUCAACCCGUGGAGCAGGAAAAUCUCCUUCAUCAUCGGGAGACACAAAGUCAGGGUGGGCCCUUUGAACGAGGACGUGUUCACAGCCCACCCAGGUGCAGAGGAGAAGGCCCCCUACCCCAGCAUCCAGGAGCUCACGGAGCAGAUCCACCGGCUGCUGCUGCAGCCCGUCCCCCACAGCGGCUCCAGCGGCUACGGGAGUCUGGGCAGCAAUGGGUCCCACGAGCACCUCAUGAGCCAGACGUCCUCCAGCGACAGCAACGGCCACGAGGACUCUCGCCGCAGGAGAUCCGAAACUGGUAAAAGUGGCAGCAAGAACAAAACCAAAAGUCAUUAUUCUCAUGAACCUGUAGAGCAAAAGGAAAAGUCUGUUUCAGAAAUGCCAAGUAGUCCCCCAGCUCAGAUGAAAGCUGUGCCUGCCACAGAAAAGGACAGCUCAGGGGCCAGCGUCUCCAAGGCCGGCUCCCCCGAGGACCUGCCCUGCAAGAGCCAGCCCGCCUGCUCCUACCAGCAGAUCAGCUGCCUGGACAGCGUCAUCAGGUACUUGGAGAGCUGCAGUGAGGCCGCUACCCUGAAGCGGAAGUGCGAGUUCCCAGCAAACAUCCCAGCGCUGAGGUCCAGCGAUAAGCGAAAGGCCACGGUCAGCCCGGGGCUGCCCGCCAGAGAGGCAGCGUCGCCCUCCAAAGUGAACAGCCACGCGGAAGUUAGCACUCACCUAACCUCACUGACAUUGCCCCGCAAGGCCGAGAGCGUGGUGUCCCUCACCAGCCAGUGCAGCUACAGCAGCACCAUCGUUCACGUGGGGGACAAAAAGCCACAACCGGAGUUAGAGACGGUGGAAGAUGCCGUGAGCGGGCCUGAUUCCCUAGACUGCCUGGCAGCGCCCGCCCUGCCCUGCGGCCUCGGCCAGGAGAAGGACCCCUUCCGGAAGCUCGGCCUCACCAAGGAAGUGCUUGCAGCACACACCCAGAAGGAGGAGCAAAGCUUCUUGCAGAAGUUCAAAGAAAUAAGAAAACUCAAUAUUUUCCAAUCUCACUGCCAUUAUUACUUACAAGAAAGAUCCAAGGGGCAGCUGAGUGAAAGAACUGCCUCUGGACUAAGAAAUCCUUCUGGAAUAGAUUCAUCUUGGAAAAAAGCUGGAAAAAACAGAAAACUAAAGUCCAAACGGCUCAAGCCUCGAGACUCCUCCGAGAGCACUGGGUCUGGGGGUCCCAUGCCCCAGCGGCCGCCACUCGUAGGCCUGAAUGCCACUGCCUGGUCACCCUCGGACACGUCCCAGUCCAGCUGCCCCGCCAUGCCCUUUCCCGCCCCUGUGCCAGCUUAUUCCCUGCCCGUGUUUCCAGCGGCAGGGACCGUGGCGGCCCCACCUGUGGCUCCCCACGCCAGCUUCCCGAUGCCUACGGUGCCCGUGGACGCCCAGCACCAGUUUGCAGCCCAGCCCCCGCCCUUCCCUACACCCUUGGCCCCUGUCGUGGCAUUCGUGCUGCCCAGCUAUUCCUUCCCCCUGGUGCCCCCUAGCCCGCCACAGGCCUUCUUCCCCGGCCAUCCUCACUUCCCGGGCCACCCCACCCUUGUGUCCGAGAUGACGCCUGCCUCACAGCCCGAGCUGCCAGGCCAGACCUCGAUCCCCAGACAGCCAGACGCUUGUCCGGCCACCGCAGCCACCCCACCAUCGGCGGCGGGCCGGACCUCCCCGCCACUCUUCCAGUCCCGUGGCAGCUCACCCCUACAGCUCAACCUGCUGCAGCUGGAGGAGGCCCCCGAGGGUGGCGCUGGGGCAGUGGGGACAGCAGGAGCCACAGGGACAGCAGCUUCGGGGCCGGACUGCAAACCUGGCACUUCUCGGGACUGGCAGCCAAAGGCGUCUCCGACUCGCCGUGAGCCCUCAGACGCCCAGAACAGUGACGCCCUGUCCACAUCCAGUGACCUGCUGAACCUCUUGCUGAAUGAUGACCUCUGCUCGGCCUCAGGCUCGGCGCUGUCUGGGAGCGCGGCCUCUGCCACCUCGGAUUCGCUGGGCUCCAGCUCUCUGGGCCUCAACGCUUCCCGCGGUGGGGCAGGCAGCAGUGACACAAGUCAUACCAGCAAAUACUUUGGGAGCAUCGACUCUUCAGAGAAUAAUCACAAAGCGAGACUGAGCACAGGCAGAGAAAGUGAGCACUUCAUCACGUACGUCCUGCAGGACCCCAUCUGGCUGCUGAUGGCGGACGCGGACGACAGUGUCAUGAUGACGUACCAGCUGCCUUCCCGAAAUUUGGAAACGGUGUUGAAGGAGGACAGAGAGAAGCUGAAGCUCCUGCAGAAAUUCCAGCCCAGGUUCUCGGAGGCGGAGAGGCGGGAGCUGUGCGAGGUGCAUCCCUGGAUGCAGACGGGCAGCCUGCCCGCGGCCCUCGGCGUGGCGGAAUGUAUUUACUGUGAAAACGAGGAAAAGGGCAACAUUUGUGUACCAUAUGAGGAAGAUAUUCCUUCUCUGGGACAAAGCGAAGCGUCAGACACCAAAGAGGAGGAAAAUGGGCCCCCCUUGAGUCACAAGAACGAAGAACAGACAUAACCGCGCCCCCCCCAACAGCCAGUGAUCUACAUUAGAUGGUGCUUAGAAGAGAGAAAGAUCUUCACAUUUGUUUCUAAUGAAAUGGACACAUAUGUUGCUUUUUUGUUUUAGAAAAAAAACAUAGUUUUCUGAAGGGGUGACUUAAAACUGUGGAGGGUGGGGAAGGUUGGGGAAGAAAUACAAUUUUAUAUUUAAAAUAUAAAGAUGGAGUUUCAUGGGAUGGGGGAAGAGAUUUUAUUAAUAAUUGUUAUUUAACUUGAGAAAGACUGAAACACCUCUGUGUGAGUGUCAGGGAAGCCGUGUGGCUCUCAGAAGUCCUUCACCUGUGACGAGCCCUGUCCAGUGCCCCGCCGCCCCGGUGCUCCCAAGGCACCCUGCCAGGCUGCCACAAAGGCCCAGGACGCCAUGCCACGUGGGACUCCAGGCUGAGGACUCCGG